UAUUACGUGCAGCAUUUUGGGAAAUGUAGUUCCUGCGAAAAAGAGGAAGUUAUCCUAGACGGUGUAAUGGACGACACUGAGUCUAAAAUUAAAAAGCGCGUCCUCCCGUCCUGGAUGAUCGAUGAUAACUCCCAUCCCAAGAAGCGGUGUACCACAGAGGCGAAGGGGAGGAAGAAGACACAAGGUUCGUCCCGGAAUAGAACGGUGUAUUGUAUGAACGAGAAGGAGCUGGUGGAGUGUGCACUGGAGAUACUGAACCAGGGUAAAGUACAUAGAGACAUCGAGGAGAAAAACGAAAGUGAACUACAAGAAGAUAAAGAGGACUCCUCCCUUGAUACAGACAUUGAUAAGAAGCCGGUGAUAUCCCCCGCAUCUGACAAGCCACAAACUAUUCCGCUGUCGUCUGAUGAGCUGAAGCACGACUCAGAUGACGACCCCUUAAAAUACGUCAGGGAGAUUUUUUUUUGCUGAAGAACUGUGACAAAGGUUUUUUUCUGUUUAUGUAUUUUAUUGUUAGAUCAUGAUGUUCAACUUUCUAAUAGACUUCAAGAUCUAUACUUGCUGGCAAUGAAUGGAAAUAUCUGUUUACACCCAGAGACAGAAGGCCAGUUCAGACCUAAUGCAUCUUACAACUGAGGAUUUGUGGGAGUUGUCUCUAUUCUGGAUAAUGGGUCAGGGGUUGCCUUGUUUUCUGUAUUGGUGGAGGUCCCAGUUGCUGGUUCUAGGAUAAGGCUAGGUCUACACGACAACAUUUGUCGCGCGACAUUUUGUUGCACUAAUGUCGCGCGACA